AAGAAAUAAAGAAAUCGAGAGAGAGCGUGGAUAAAGAGGGAAAAAAAGAUCCGCACACCAAACACACGCACGCACGCGUCAGUCAACUUUUAUAUCAAUCCGUUGAUUCCAACACGCAGCAAUACACCCUCGUCACCUAGCUCUGUCACGAAGUCAGCACCCCCAGAGAUCGUGGACCACUUUGUACAGGUACACUUUAGAUUCGACGUGUCAACUGAUCCCGGCGGCUAUAUAACGCCCAUGGCUCUGUUAACACACAAAGUCUCGUCAUGUACCGACAACUACUCCCUUUUCGCGAAAGAAAAAACUUUUUACGGAAUCCCAUAUCUCGAUAGGUCGCGAUCGUCGAUCCCGAGCGAUGCCAGCUCGUUCUUCGGCGGCGCACUCUCCCUGCGAGAUUCGGCGCAGGACCUGUCAUCGAUCCCGCAACGAAGCGGCGGCGGCGGCAAGAACAGCUCGGCCAGGAUCGUUCACACACCGAACCAGGAUGCCGUCCUCCCCGAACCUGCGAGAGCUACAGCUCCACAGAUAGUCGAGUCGACCAGCCAAUCAAACGACGACGACGAUGCUGCGCUACCGGAUUUCGAGGAGGAGGAGGAGGAAGAGGAGGUGGUGGUAGUGGAGGAGGUGGGGCAGGAUGAAGAGGAAGGGAAGGAGAAAACUCGAUGCAACAGCGUUGAAUCCUUCGAUUCCACUGCUCUGGAUUCGAACGCGUCGUUCGUGACGGCUGAAUACAUGCAGGCCCCCGCGAUAGUUGUGAAAGAGGCCAAUGGGGAGCAGAAGAAUCCAUAUAUUUUCCACAGAUGGAUGAAGACGAUGUUCCGCAAAUCUCCGCCGCAGCCGUUUCCGGAUAUGGUCUUCACUCGUCCCAGCAGCGUGCGACAUUCGCUGGAAUCCUGCGGAACGGGAGAGAGAUCUUCGGCGUUCGUGUCUGGAGUCAGGACUGCAUCUGCCACACUGGCGUCUUUCCCCAUCUCUGGCCAGACGGCGAGCUGUCGGAGGACCAGCGUGACCGGAUUGGAUGCGGAUACGAUAAAUCGGAUGCUCGAUAGGAAGCACGCAUUGGAGGAAUUGAUCUCUACGGAAGAGUACUACAUUCGUGAUCUGAAGUCGCUGAAAGAUAAAUAUCUCCCGAUACUCAGGGAUUGUGUUUGGAUUUCCUCGGACGUUCGGCAGGCAAUGGCACGUAACGUUACGGAGAUGCUCGAGCUCCACGGGAGGCUGCUUGCGGAUAUCUCACGCGCCUUGCCGUGUACGACGCAGACGAUCCAGGACCAUAGUGUCCACCAAAACGUUGCGGACCUGGCGAACUACCCGAUUCUGUCGGAUCCAGCAGCGGCGGCCGAGGUGGCUAGGAUUUUUGAUACAACCAUCAUGGCGUUUUUCGUUUAUGAGGAAUACUCGGCGAAGUACCAGGAAGUGAUAAGGGCGCCGAAACGCACAGUGAAACCUUCGGAUACAUUGCACGGAAAGGGAACCGAGGCGCUUAUUGGAGCAUCGAAUUCGUGGGACAAUCGCGGCGACUACGGGAAGCGGGCGAUGGAGCUCUACGAUCUGCUGUUCAAGCCAAUCCAGAGAUUAUGCAAAUAUCCGUUGCUCUUCCGCGACAUCGAGAAGAACACACCGGCGAUUGACUGCCCGGACACGAAUCGGUUAUUGGAGAGGGUGCGACAUCGGUUGGAUGAGGCCGUUCACCAGGUCAACGUGGCCAACAGCGAUGCGCCCAGGAUCCGUGAGCGGAUAGAGAAGACUUGGCUGCUGCAAGACAGGCUUGAUUUCCAACAGAAGUCACUCCCGGUUCGUUUAUUGGGUCAUGUCAUCCUGUGCGGAGCUCUGCACGUCACAUGGCAGAGCAACAACCGGGAGAGCCAGCCUCAUACCGAGUACAUGGCUUGUUUGCUCUUCAAGUCCUACCUCAUCUUGGCCUCGGUAUCGAAGCACGAUCAUUACAAGGUCAAAUUUGCGGUAACUUUGGCUAUCGCGCGCAUCGAGGAGCCUAGUCAUGGCAAGGGUUUGUACAGCCCUGGCGCACCUCAUACGUGGAAAGUGGUCUUUGAGGCGGACCACCGAAUCUACGAAGUCUUGCUGUCAGCAUGCUCCGAUGACGAGGAAUUCGUAUGGCGCAACCAGAUCCAGGACCGCAUCAUGGCGGAGAGCAAGGACUACCAGGAAUACAGCUCGACCAAUAUGGAUUUCUGUUCGUGCAUCUCGUCCGAUAUUAAGCCGGUCGGUGACGUUUUCGGACGACCUGGCACUUUGGCUCGUCAUCAAUCUCUUUUGCGCGGCGGGGUUUCUUCGUCUCUGGAGUCUGACGGCCAAUACGUGGUGAUUAAUAACUUUCUCUUCGCCGAUGAUCCACAUGGCUCCACCAACGUCAGGCGAACCUACAGCACUCUCAACUUCAAUGGGCUUGUUCCGACCGUCAACCUGAAGCGCACCGAAAGGAAUCGGGCGGAGGCUAGACUUGCUGAGGUGUGGACCAAAGAUCUUAUCCCUUUCAACGCAACACGGACAAAGCCACGGAAGGAACCCAGCGGUGCCCUGCUCAUGCGGCGGCUGUCGAUGCUCAGCUUGCUUUCAAGCUCGAAGAGGCCGACACUGUCCAUCGAUUCCGAUACAUCGGAUACUACAUGGGAGGAGGAUUGCGAUUACGACGAGCCGACUGUCAAGCGCUCCUCAACUUUGUCUUUUACCAGGUCAAAGUCGAGCUCUUUCGUCACCGCACCGUCUAGCCCUACCAAACGGAGUUCGAGCUUGAGUAGCAGGUUUUCGUUCAAUUCCAGCACCAAGAAGGAAAACACUUCCGGAGGGUCAUCGCCUACCAGGAGGCGCGGCAUAAUGCCCUUGCUCGACGGCAAGUGGAGGUCAACCGAUGAGACCAUCACCGAGGCUACGCCGGCCGAGCUCGAUGCGGCGGGAUAUCCCGAGCCUUGGUCCAGAGAAGAGGGAUACUUUUCGAUCGUGAAACCCACCACGCCACCGAAUUCAGUCCAGGAAGGAGAGGAGCUCAGCAUUUAUGCGGCACUCGAAGACCGCUACAUGAUAUCGAGGGCUGGGGCAACUGCCACGCUGAACCGCGCGGGCACCGACAUAAAAUCACCGAAAGCAAGCUUCAGGCCGGAACCCAAGAUAUCGAGAAGACACACCAUGGUGACACCUCCCGGACCACGGCCGAGAUCAUGGCGAAGCGGGAGGCGGCCCAAAGCACGUAGCGAGCCAUUAUGUGGUACAAAGCUGUCUGGCGGCAGCGUCGUGCACCGAUGAUACCCCACCGAAGAGGGCAUUUUACUUUCUUUAAUCUCGAGACCACCUCUACUUACUCGUUCUUCUCUCUAUAUCCACCGCUCUUCUCUUCUUGAAAAAGCUCAUUUGUUCAUUUUUUCUUGCUCGGUCUUGUCACUCCUAGAUUUCAUCCCUCAACGGAAGAAGGCCGGUCCGACAGACCACUACCACCACUUGGAUAUUCUACUUUUUGUUUUUCCUAACGUAGCGUCUUCCAUUCAUUGCUCUUUCUCUUUGUUUCACUUUUUGGGGAUUUGGCUGUACACACUUGCAGGUUUGGGUUGCGUGGGAUGUUUUUUGUUCUCUCGUCAU